AUGCCAGCUGUUAGGUGCGGUGCCGACGCGACACGUCCGCAUUUCAUUUCACUCGUCGACCGCGCGGGGAUGACGCCGGCGAUGGCGACGCGCGCCGCGAGCUCGCGCCCGGCGUCGGCGCGCCCUCGAGGCGCGGCGCGCGCGUCGCGCCGCCGCGCCGCCGCGGUCGCGUCGUCGUCGUCGUCGCGAGACGACGACGACGACGACGGCGACCGCGCGCGAUCCGCGCCCGGUGGAAGACGCCCGCCUCCGCCUUCGUCGUCGUCGCGACGUCGUCGUCGAACCGUCGGCGAGACGCUGCGCAUCGCGUCGACCGCGGCGCCGAUCCUCCUCGCGAUCGCGCCGCACGCCGCGCACGCCGCGGGGUGGUACGACGACGUCCCGAGCGGCGGCGGCGGCGGCGGCGGGUUCGCGGUCGGCGGCGCCGACCGCGGAGGCCCGGGAGGCGCCGCGAUGGCGGAUCCGGAAGACUAUCCGUACGGCACGAAGGACCUCGCCGUGGAUCUGGCCUCGCCGUUGGUCGCGUACAAGGCGGUGUCGUGGGCGCUGAACCAGGAGGUCCCGGCGUGGUUGGACGCUAUCAUCCUGUUCUUCACGCUCGCGGCGAUCUACGUCUGCGCGUUCGACGUCACCGCGCUCGACGACAGGUUGGUGUAG